GGCGGCAUGUCGUCAGUGCUGUGCUGUGUCGUGGUGAGUUGAAAUUUUUGUAAAUUUUCGUAUAAUUAACAUCAAAACCGCUACAAAAACUUGUGUAACUAAGAAAACCUUCAAAAUUAGCAUAGAAAAUUUAAAGUAAACCAGUAUCAGCGCAACCACUGGCCUUGACAAAUUAUGAGCAUAACAGCACAAUACGCACCCAGCACGCAUUGAAGACAUCUGAGGAUUUUUUUAUUUAUAUAUUCUGUUAUAAUUAAAUUUUGAGUGACUGUGGAUAGUAAUUUUUAUACAUAUUGGAUUGUUUUUCUAGUAACAUUGUAAUAACGAUAUAUUAUUGUGAAGUUUGUUGAACAUAUAUUGUACCUUUGUGACUUGGUUUCAAAGUAGGAGUGAUAAUUUUAUUAGUACGGUCUCGGCUGCCAUAAUUGACUUUUGUGGGGUAUUUACAUAUACCACUAACCAUUCUGUGAUAUUCACUACACUUAAGAAACGAUAAGAAGUGAAAAGAUAAAUCAUUGUACUGAUAGACUAUGUCCACGAAUCCUCAGUGGAAAUCCUUCCAGCCGCCCGACACCAUGAAUCAAGACUCUGCCAUCAUCGAUUUCAAACCUAUGACCAGCAACGGCAAAGCAUCUUCUCAAGCAUUUAAUUUUACAAAUCGCUCCACAUCAAAUUCACGGUUCGGGCAAGACUUUCCUUUGCUACAGGACAAGUCUUCUUCAUUCAGCAACGGUCUGUACGGAUCGUCGAGUACCACCCAUACAAAUUCUCGUUUCCCGAUUGGUACAUUCUCGCUCGAUUCGAAUAACAUGUUCAACAGUAGCGGAGACAGCACCCUCACCAACAACGUUUUCUCAAACGGAAACAACAGCAGCUACAACGAUUCCAACUCCUCGAAUUUGGGCACCAGAGAAACGGGCAUCAUCGAAAAGCUGCUGCACUCUUACGGCUUCAUUCAGUGCUGCGAACGACAGGCCCGUCUGUUUUUCCAUUUUAGUCAGUUCAGUGGUAACAUUGAACAUUUGAAAAUUGGCGAUCCGGUGGAAUUUGAAAUGACGUAUGACCGACGUACCGGUAAACCAAUAGCCAGUGCCGUGACAAAAAUAGCACCGGAAGUAGUUAUGAGCGAAGAAAGGGUAACCGGAACGGUUACAACCGAACUUCGAGGUGAAGGUUCCGGUGGAGAUUCAACUGGGAGGAUCAGUUAUGAAAAUCGAGGUGAAUGUUUCUUUCUACCCUACACCAAAGACGACGUGGAAGGUAACGUCACGUUGAGAGCGGGGGAUAAAGUCAGUUUUCAGAUAGCGACGAAUAAUAGGGGUAACUUGGGGGCGUGUCAUGUGCGUCUAGAGAACCCUGCACACCCAGUGAAGUAUCAAGGGGUCGUAUGUUCGAUGAAGGAAAGUUUCGGUUUCAUCGAAAGAGCAGAUGUCGUUAAAGAGAUCUUCUUCCAUUUUUCCGAAGCGAAAACCAAAGAGGAGUUACGAUUGGGCGAUGACGUUGAAUUUACCAUUCAAACUCGCAACGGUAAAGAAGUCGCAUGUAAUAUAACGCGUUUACCGUCAGGCACCGUCAUCUUCGAGGACCUCAAGCCCGAGAUUCUCAAAGGUCAGGUUUUGAAACCGCUCGAUCGUGGCCCCAAUGCACGUCAUCAAACUGACGCCCUCCCGGGACGUAUCCGAUAUCGCGCUCCCGACCACUCCGAAGUGGAGAUCUCCUUCGGCGAUAAGGACCAACGUGGUGAUUUUACUCUUCGUCACGGCGAUUGGGUGCAGUUUAAAAUCGCAACAGAUCGCAGAGAUGGACUCAAUAGAGCCACACACAUUUCGCUUUUGGAUGAGAGUUUUCUGGUGUCGGGCGAGAAGAGAGAACAAGGAGUUGUCGCAUCGGUGAAGGAAGGAUUUGGAUUUUUGAAGUGUGUUGAACGCGAGGCCAGAUUAUUUUUCCAUUUCAAUGAGAUUUUAGACGUGGAUAGGGAAGUGGUGGUGAAUGACGAGUAUGAAUUUACCGUCGUACAGGAUCAGACAAGUACGUUUUCGAAUAAUCGACAAAGUGCCAUUAGAAUGAAGUGGUUGCCGCACGGAACUGUGCAGUUCGAGACGAGAGUUGAGAAUGAUUUGACGGGGAUUGUAUUUAAAGAGAUUCCGACGACGACAUGGUUGAAUAGGAGUCCCACCAAAAAUCAAAAUGGAGAACAUGCUCCCGAAUCGGGAUUGAUCACUUAUCAAGCGAACGGAGUCAAAAAGACUAUACCAUUCUACUCGAAAGAUUGUGAUAUGAAGAAUUACCCGAGACUUGGAGAUAAGGUCGAAUUUAACGUAAAUCAGGUGAAGAGAAACAAAGAGUUGAUAGCAGUUGACAUUCAAGUGGUGCAACCGGCCACACAAACCAAUGGAAUUAAACAUAGAAUUAGCAACAAUUGUCAAAUAUACCAGGGUUUCAUAGCAGCGUUGAAAGACGGUUUUGGAUUCAUUGAAACGAUUCAACAUGAUAAAGAAGUCUUUUUCCAUUUUAGCAAUUUCGAAGGUGAGCCCAACAGUCUAGAACUGGGCCAAGAAGUUGAGUACAACUUGGGUAGUCGCGGCAAUUCGGGCACGUGUUCUUCAGCCGAAAACGUAAAAAUAAUACCGAAAGGUACGAUCAAUUUACCGCCGGUCAUAGGCGAUGUUCUCGAUGGAACUGUAGUACGUCCUCUGCGUUCGGUAAAUCCCGAUCAGACGGAAUACUCUGGUUUGAUUCGAAUAAAAACGGAAGAUCCCGAAGAGAAAGCGCUGGAAUAUGAAUUCGGCAUAAUGGGACUUGUGAAUAAACGAGAAUUGUUACAAGUGGGAGACCACGUGCAAUUACAAGUGGAUUCGACAGGCAGGGCUGCCAAUAUUAUUGCUGUACGAAAGAAAUUACGAGCGACAGUGGAUGCUAUCAAGGGUCAUUUCGGUUUUCUGGCUUAUGAGGUGGAAGAGGGGAAAAAGCUGUUCUUCCACAUGACGGAAGUUAAGGAUAAUGUCAAUUUGCAAGUUGGCGACACUGUCGAAUUUGUACUUGUUACCAAUCAUAGGAGUGGCAAGUCUUCGGCUUGUAGUGUAGUGAAAGUCAGUGAUGUGCAAGCGCGACCAGAGCGGUUGAUUAGUAGACUGCGUACAGUUUCCGUGGACGAUGCGGGUCCGAAGUUGACGGUUUUGCGUCAGCCGAAAGGUCCCGACGGCUCUAAGGGUUUCUCAUCUGAGGCACGUGUCAUACGUGUGCCAGGAAUCGUUGUCGAAUAACGAGAGUCAUUCUCAUUCAUGUCAUACUACCGUAGCAACUAACUUACUCUUGUCUUAGCAGUGGAGUUGGCUAAAAUGUAUUUUACAUAAGUCCUAUUACGUAUGGUUAUUAAAUUAUUGAUAAAUUGCAAAAUUGUUAUGGUAAACUAGGGCAAGGAAAAACCUUUUCGGUUGUAUUACACACCAAUAUUAGUCGUAGCUAUGUUCAUACAUGUUGAAUUGAACAAAGUCGUUCGCAGUUUUACUGUGCUUAAAACACUGCUUACAAACCAAAAAAAUUUAAAAAAAGUUGAUAAUCCAUUGACAAAUAUGAAUACAAUGAAUUUAUUAUUAGGAUACAGAGUUAAGGUAUUAGAUUAUGAUCUAGAGAAGACUGCAUCGAUAAGUAAACUCUACAUUAUAA